UAAGAAAUCAAUCUCUCUCUCUCUCUCUCUCUCUCUCUCUCUCAGGUAGACACACACACAACCGAGCAGUGAACACUCUCGCUUACACUAUGGCCGCACCCAUUUUCUUCGGUUUACAAUUCCUCUGCUUCGCCUUCGCGAUCAUCCAAACCAGUGCCGACCUCCCGGGCACGUGGGAGCUCCUGGUCCCCAACGCCGGCAUUGCCUCCAUGCACACCGCCGUGACCCCGUUCAACACCGUCGUCCUCCUGGACCGUGCUAACAUCGGCCUGUCCAAUCUGUCGCUCCCGAAUGGUGAAUGCCGCGACGACCCAUUCGAAGAGGACUUAAAGCACGAUUGCUCUGCCCACUCCGCCGUCCUCGACCUCAACACCAACGGAAUCCGUCCCCUUGAGAUCCUCACCGACACGUGGUGCUCAUCGGGCCAAUUCCUCCCUAAUGGCACCCUCCUCCAAUCGGGCGGCAAUGACGACGGCAACAGGAAGUUCCGAAUGUUCACCCCCUGCGAAGCCGCUUCCUUCUGCGAUUGGGUUGAGCUUCAAAAUGUCGAGUUGUCCCAAGGUCGUUGGUACGCCACUAAUCAGAUACUCCCCGAUGGUUCUAUCAUAAUAAUCGGGGGAAUCAGCGUUAGCAGCGUGGAGUAUUUCCCGCCGAGAUCUAGCGGCGCAGUCGAUUUCCAGUUCCUCGUCGAGUCAAGAGACAACCAGACGGAUAACCUUUAUCCAUAUGUUCACCUUCUGCCUCAAGGAAAUCUUUUUAUAUUUGCUAACAAUCAAUCUGUGCUAUAUGAUUACGAUAAUAACGUGAUUGUAAAAAAAUUUCCUAUACUAGAGGGGGGUCCACGUAACUAUCCAUCUGCAGGAUCCUCUGCCAUGCUGGCAUUGGAAAGUAAUUAUUCCACGGCCACGAUUGUCAUUUGCGGUGGGGCUCAAUACGGCGCCUACAAUAAUCAAAGUGUAAAUACUCCGGCUCAGGGGAGUUGCGGGCGGAUCGUGGCGACUGAUCCCAACCCCAUUUGGGAGAUGGAGGAAAUGCCAUUUGUUCGAAUCAUGGGAGACAUGGUGAUGCUACCAACAGGUGACGUAUUAAUCAUCAACGGGGCUCAAGCGGGGUCGCAAGGGUAUGGAUUGGCGACGAACCCGUGUUUGAACCCGGUUCUAUACCAACAUGACCAACCUGAGGGAUCCCGGUUUAUGACAUUAACCCCCAGUUCAAUCCCCAGGUUGUACCAUUCGACUGCGAAUUUAUUGCCCGACGGGAGAGUUUUGCUUGCUGGAAGUAACACACAUUACUACUACACAUUCGGCGUGGAUUUCCCAACGGAGCUGAGAAUCGAGGCGUUUUCGCCUGAGUAUUUGACAGCAAACAAUGCAAAUUUGAGGCCGGCAGUAGUGAACACGCCAACGACGGUAAAGUACGGACAACUUUACAAUGUAUCUGUAACGGUGCCGACACCGUUGACGGGGAUAGUCGAGGUGAAUUUUGCAAGUGCGCCUUACAAUACGCAUUCAUUUUCGCAGGGGCAGAGGUUGGUGAAGCUGGUUGUCACCAGUGUCGUGCCGAACGUUAAUGGACAGUACAUGAUUGCGUGUACGGCGCCACCCAACGGAAUAGUGGCGCCACCAGGGUAUUAUAUGAUGUUUGUGGUUAACCAGGGAGUGCCGAGUGUUGCUAGUUGGGUCCAAUUGACCUCCUAAUUUUCAAAUGUUGGUUUUCAUUUAUUUUCGUAGUGACUUAUAUAUACGGUCUGGCACGCAUAUGCAUCCGAGAGUACUUUUAUACCAAAACUACCCUGGGCAAUUUUCCCUCCACUGCUCAGACUCCCUUCUCCUUUUCUAUCAAGUCCACUCCACCCCGAUCACCGCCUGUGCCCAACUCCGCCACACCACUGCCGGUAGCCAGCUUAACACUUACUCCAUCAAGCAGAUUAAUUUGUGAAUUUUAGCCUGUUAAGUAUUUUACUUACUUGAAAUUGGAGUUCCUAGGCAGCGGCCUCUUGGGCCUUGCCCUAGGACCGGGCCUGGUUGCGGUCGGUUUGGAAUGCGAUAAUCACGGGUUGUGCUGAAAAUAGGUAUUCAGAUAUUGCUUUCGAUAGGUUUCGGAGAAUGCACUUGUGCACAUCGGAUUAUGAGGUAUUUGAAGAGACAGAAGCCAUAUAUAUACAUGAUCAAAUUACUGAUAGUGCGACGAUGAGUGGUAUUCAAUAGUAAGUCAUCGGAGGGAGAGAGUAUACACCGGCCGGGAGUACUGAAUAACCCAUUGAGCUGACUUUCGUGAAUGUACUGAAGUGUUUGUUCAUGUGGAAGAAUCGGCCAUCAAGUACUAUUCUGGUUUCUUAUA